AAGAGGCGUGGCCUCGUUGUAGCCACCACGGGAGUGAUUGGCUGAAGCUGCCUGUCCGGGGGCGGAACUCGGUUGCCGGGGAGUGGCGCGGUGGCCCGGCGGAGACUGCGGCGGCUGCGCGGAGGAGCGAGGUGCUUGCUGGGCUAGGGGUGGGCGACGGCGCCGGGGGCUGCGGUGAAAGCUUCGCAGCCCGUGCAGUUCCCAGAGGGGAGGCGCCGUCGCCAUUGACGCCUCGCUCGGUGAGCGCGUCCCGCUCGCCGAGCAGGGCCCCAGCCGACCGCCGGCACCAUGGGCCAGUGCGGCAUCACCUCCUCCAAGACUGUGCUGGUGUUUCUCAACCUCAUCUUCUGGGGAGCAGCUGGCAUUUUAUGCUAUGUGGGAGCCUAUGUCUUCAUCACUUACGACGACUAUGACCACUUCUUUGAGGAUGUGUACACUCUCAUCCCUGCUGUGGUGAUCAUAGCUGUAGGAGCCCUGCUCUUCAUUAUUGGGCUAAUUGGCUGCUGUGCCACAAUCCGGGAAAGCCGCUGUGGACUUGCCACGUUUGUCAUCAUCCUACUCUUGGUUUUUGUCACAGAAGUUGUUGUAGUGGUUUUGGGAUAUGUUUACAGAGCAAAGGUGGAAAAUGAGGUUGAUCGCAGCAUUCAGAAAGUAUAUAAAACCUACAAUGGAACCAACCCUGAUGCUGCUAGCCGGGCUAUUGAUUAUGUACAGAGACAGCUGCAUUGUUGUGGAAUUCACAACUAUUCAGACUGGGAAAAUACAGACUGGUUCAAAGAAACCAAAAACCAGAGUGUCCCUCUUAGCUGUUGCAUAGAGACCGCCAGCAGCUGUAAUGGCAGUCUGGCCCACCCCUCUGACCUCUAUGCCGAGGGGUGUGAGGCUCUAGUUGUGAAGAAGCUACAAGAAAUCAUGAUGCAUGUUAUCUGGGCAGCACUGGCAUUUGCAGCUAUUCAGCUGCUGGGCAUGCUGUGUGCCUGCAUCGUAUUGUGCAGAAGGAGUAGAGAUCCUGCUUAUGAGCUGCUCAUCACCGGUGGAACCUAUGCAUAGUAGAAAACUCAAACCUGAGCUUUUUUAGUCUUGUUCUGAUUUGCAAGGUGAAUUGAGCAGGUCCACUGCUAUUGGCCUCCUGAGUUCAUUUAGUUAAAGCACACGUACACAGGUGUCGGACAGAGCAGUUUGGCUCUUCACGUGUCCACCUUCUUACCUACCCACCUGUGAGUUUCUUUUCUCCUGUUCUAGCUGACUCUCCAUGUCCGUAAAUGUUUAAGUACGGUGGUAAAUGUUCUAAUCUCAGAACCAUUUGCGAGUUGCGUAGUGUGGUAGAAUUAAAGGCGGACAUGAGCCUGCUUCUGUUACCUCCAAGCAGUAAUGGGACUGCUGCUGAAGUAUCACCGGGUCCUUUCAGUCUUCACAAUGGAGAACUCUUGGCCAAAGGUUUUUGGGGGGAGGGGGAGACAGUCAGCUGUCUGGUUAAAGUUUAUACCAGAUGGUGCCCCUCAUCAGUGUCCUUUUAAAAAAUAUAUACUAUAGUUCAGUAAGAUAGCAACUGUACAAAAUGGCUAAAAUAGAUUUUAGAAUCAUACAGCGUGUAUCUUGGUUCAUCUUCAAAAUCAGACUGAUCUUUGAAACUAGCUGUUUUUAAUCAAAGCUGGCUUUAUAGGAGGAGUGUAAUGUAUGCACUACUGUUUUAAAACAAUUAGUGUGAGUGUGUGCGUGUGUUUUUUUGUAUGAUUGAGCCCAUUCAUCGUAAGUCUAAACUCGUUAGAAAUAAUGUACCCAUGUAGACUAGCAAAAUAGUAUGUAGAUGUGAUCUCAGUUGUAAAUAGAAAAAUCUAAUUCAAUAAACUCUGUAUCACCCCCUCAA